CUAAACUGAUUCGUCCAUCCACCUGUCUGUCAAAUACUUCCUGUCAUUGUACUUCCUGGAUUCCUGAAUAAGUAACACUGUAACAUCACAGUUGAUACCUUCACUGUCCAUGAUUUUCCUUUUUAGAAAUCAUCAUCAUCACCGUCGCCAAAAUCAGGAUCAAUGGCUUUCAGAAAGGCAGUGAAAGGAACCCUAAUAGGGGGCGGAGCUGUAGCAACAGCCUUCAGCCUAUCACAGUUCUUUGAAUACAGGAAGAAUCAGCCUAAAUGGGCCCGGCUGGCAUAUGUUGAGGCGCAGGGCGAGCUAAAGGUGCCGUUUAAAGAUGCUCUCCCAACAAGAGCUGAGCAGCUUUCAGCACUGCGAAACACAGAGGAGUUUGACGUCUUGGUGGUGGGCGGCGGAGCCACGGGCUCAGGAUGUGCCUUAGAUGCUGUCACACGAAAUCUGAAGACCGCCCUGGUAGAACGGAGCGAUUUUUCAUCGGGCACCAGCAGCAGAAGCACCAAGCUCAUUCACGGAGGAGUCCGCUAUCUGCAGAAAGCCAUCAUGAAACUAGAUUAUGAGCAGUACAUGAUGGUGAAAGAGGCCCUUCAUGAACGUGCCAAUCUGCUGGACAUCGCCCCUCACCUGUCUGCACCUUUACCUAUAAUGCUUCCUGUUUACAAGUGGUGGCAGCUGCCGUAUUACUGGGCCGGCAUUAAAAUGUACGACCUGGUUGCCGGAUCACACUGUCUGAAGAGCAGCUAUGUCCUGAGCAAGAGCAAAGCACUGGAGCUCUUCCCUAUGCUGAAGAAAGACAAGCUCGUGGGAGCCAUUGUCUAUUAUGAUGGACAGCACAAUGAUGCCCGUAUGAACCUGGCCAUCGCUCUUACAGCGGCCCGUCAUGGUGCUGCUAUUGCUAACUACACAGAGGUGGUUCAUCUGCUAAAGAAACCAGAUCCAAAAACGGGACAGGAGAAAAUUUGUGGAGCCCGCUGCCGAGACAUGACCACAGGGCAGGAGUUUGACGUUCGUGCCAAAUGUGUCAUCAACGCUACCGGCCCCUUCACUGACUCACUGCGCAAAAUGGACAACCAGAAAACUGCCAACAUCUGCCAGCCUAGUGCAGGAGUGCACAUUGUCAUCCCUGGAUACUACAGCCCAGACAACAUGGGGCUGCUAGACCCCGCCACCAGUGACGGCCGUGUCAUAUUCUUCCUGCCCUGGGAGAAGAUGACUAUCGCCGGCACGACAGACACGCCCACUGAAGUCACAGCCCAUCCCAUCCCUAUGGAGGAUGAUAUCAACUUUAUCCUGAACGAAGUCCGCAAUUACCUCAGCCCUGACGUAGAAGUGCGGCGAGGGGAUGUCCUGGCGGCCUGGAGUGGCAUUCGUCCGCUGGUCACCGACCCCAACUCCAAAGACACGCAGUCCAUCUGUCGUAACCACAUCGUCAACAUCAGCGACAGCGGACUCAUCACAAUUGCUGGUGGGAAGUGGACAACCUAUCGUUCCAUGGCUGAGGAGACACUUGAUGCUGCCAUAAAGGCUCAUAACCUCUCAGCUGGGCCCAGCAGGACGGUCGGUCUGAUGCUGGAGGGUGGGAAGGACUGGACCCCCACCCUGUACAUUCGCUUGGUUCAAGACUACGGCUUGGAAAACGAGGUUGCCCAGCACUUGGCAGCCACCUACGGAGGAAGAGCAUUUGAUGUAGCUAAGAUGGCCCACGUGACGGGCAAGAGAUGGCCCAUACUGGGGAAACGCCUGGUGUCUGAAUUUCCCUACAUAGAGAGUGAGGUGCAGUAUGCUAUAAAGGAGUAUGCAUGUACAGCCAUCGAUGUGAUUGCUCGUCGAACACGACUGGGCUUUCUGAACGUACAGGCUGCAGACGAGGCUCUGCCACGUAUCGUUGAGAUCAUGGGCAAAGAACUGCAGUGGACCGAGCAAAAAAAGAAAGAAGAACUGGAGGCAGCACAGAAGUUCCUGCACCUGGAGAUGGGUUAUAAAGCUCGCUCUGAGCAGCUCAGCAAGACUACAGAGAUCUCACUUACUGCCCAAGAGGUGGCAAGGUUUAAGAAGCGCUUUUACAAAUUUGAUAAGGAGAGUAAAGGCUUUAUCACAACACUGGAUGUCCAGCAAGUGCUAGAGAAACUCAGCAUUCAUAUUGAUGAGAACGCCCUCCACGAGAUCCUUAACGAGGUGGACCUCAACAAAAACGGACAAGUGGAACUGGAUGAGUUCUUACAGCUCAUGAGUGCGGUCCAGAGAGGCCAAAUCUCUGACAGUCGUCUGGCUAUCCUGAUGAAGACGGCCGAGGAGGGGCUGGAUCUGAGAGGACCUGUCACGGUCGACCGCAGUGGAGGCGGCGUUUGAAUCCCAACUACAAACCAAAAGAUCCACCAGACAACAAAGUUGAAUAAACACCUAAAAAGCACAUCCUCUCAAGUCAUUAACUCACCCAAUCAUCUGGCUGCCUUUGACUACACUCGUUUUUAAAAAUCUUUUGUUUUAGCAUGGUUAUUUAAAUUUAUUUGAAUGAAAAAGAUAUUAUUAGAGCAGAAUAUAUUCUUAAAAAAUAUUUCAAAGUGUAUUUGAGAGUAUAUAUUUUUAUCUAAUGCAUGCAGUGCCAUGUUAUGUGAACUGGAUUGUCUCUUUAAUGUUUCUCGGAGCAGCUUUAUCCUGUUGUGCCAUUUUAUUGAUUUGCUACUGAACACAGUGAGGUGAGAUUCAAGGGCUCCUGGUGUCAUCUGAGCUAAAUGAUGCACUAUAUGUGAGUUUUGCUGUUUUACACUGUGCUUAAUUUUCACUGUUCUGAACUAUAGUGUUUUUUUUAUUAUUAUUUCACUCAUUUCAAGUCAUUUUAAUUUUCUGAGGAAAAAACGUAUUUAUUCAUAAUCUAUUAUACUUUUGAUUAUUCUUGUCUCAAACGUUUUUAAUUAACAACAUUUAUGUUGAAUGUAUACAAUUGUAUUCCUGUAUACAGAUCAGUUAUUUUAAUUAGUCUUAACCAGGUUGUGUACAGUGUUUGGAGAAUUUGCAUUGGCUCUGGUUCAACAAGAGGGUUUUUACAGAUUAUAAUGAAAUGUAAGAGCACUUGUUUGAAUGUUGAACAUUUUAUCCCUUAUUCAAAUUCAUGAACAGUUGAAACUCCACUUCAGAAUGCUUCUGGUAAAACCUUGCCUGUAAAAGUAAUUGGUUAUCCAUUUAUCAUGAAAUAUGAAAUAUGAAAAUAUUUUAACUGUAAACUUGAAGUAGAGGAUAACAGGGAAUGUACUUAAUGUGCCUUUCUGCUUAAAGGGAUAGUUUACCCAAAAUGUCAAUUCUGUCAUUUACUCACCCUCACGUUGUUCCAAACCUGUAUGAAAUUCUUUCUUCUGCAGAACAUAGAAGAUAUUUUAAAGAGUGUUGCUUACUAGUUUCAGGAAAAGAAACACUAAAACAUUUCUCAAAAUAUCAUCUUUUAUGUUCCACAGAAGAAAGAAAGGCAUACAGGCUUGAAAUAAUAUAAAUGAUGACUGAUGACUAUCCCUUAAAAACACUUAAUGAAUUUUGCAUGUCAAAACGCACAAUCCGACACACACUACUAGAGUGCAAUCUUUACUUGACUGUAUUUUUUGUGGUUUAACAUGUAUUUUUUUAUAUUUAGAUGUUUAUUUUCAGACUUUGAGCUGAUGGAAACUGCUUUGAAAUGAACUUGGAUGCUUUAAGCUUGAUGAUUUAAAAGAAAUGUUGGUAACGCUUUACAAUAAGGUUCAUUUGUUAGCAUUAAUGUAUUAACUAACAUGAACUAACAAUGAGCUAUACAUUUUGUUACAGUAUUUAUUCAGCUUUGUUAAUGUUAUUGGUUAUUAAUGUUAACAAUACAACUUUUGAUUUUAUUAAUAUAUUAGUAAAUGCUGAAAUUAACUAAGAUUAAUAAAUGCUGUAGAAGUAUUGUUCAUUCUUAUUUCAUGUUAACUAAAGCAGUUAACUAAUGAAAUCUUACUGUAAAGUGUUACCGAAAGAUUUUGUACAAUGAAGCUGCUCCUAUUUUAUAAUCUUUUUUGGUUAGUUAACUUGUUAAGUCCAUCAUGAUAUGUUUGGGGGUUUUUAAGCUACAGAAGAUCAGGUUUGUCAGCUUUUGCACAUGAGAGCUGGAGCAGUUAAACUAAUUUAUUGUUUGUCCCAACAGGAUGUAAUUUCAGCCUGAUCCCGACUGAAAGAAAUUCAUAUUGUAUGAAAAAAAUGUACAGUCAAUCAUUAUGCAAAGCCUGAAAAACACAAUUCUGUAAUUAAAUGUAUCUGGUUGCCUUCUG